UUCCGCUGCAGCGUCGCAACAACUGGGCAUCGAAGGCGGAUUUUGGAAUGGCGCCGGGCGAUGGCCGCUGAUGAAAAACGAAAAACGGUGGGCCAGAGACGAAUAUACUACGUCGGGUGCCUCCGCCACUAAGAUCUACGAUGCCACGACCACCGACACCGACGACACCGACACCGAUGACACCGACGACGACGCGGAAGAAAGUGCACUUUGCCGAUUGCGCACACGCGUACGAGUUUGCACUUGGCCAUGGCGGCAGCGCGGUGCCGUUGGAGCAAGGCCCGGCGGUGGGCCUCGUCGGCGCCCCGUUGCGCAUCAGCGCGAUGGCGUUGCGCCGGUCCGAGCGCCGCCGCCGGCUGCGCAAGUUUGACAAGACCGAACGGGUCGCGAUUUUGCGUGCGGCCGGCCACGAGAUGAAGGACAUUGUGGCCUUUUGCGUCGAAGCGCUCGACAUUCGCAUCUCGCGCGGCGCCAACAAACGCACGAGCGGGAAGAAGAAGCGCAGCUCGGAAGUCGCGCGCAACACAGAGAUCAACGAGAACGCCAACAUUGAGUUUACCCUUGAGGCGUACUAGACAUGUCAAACCCCACUAAGUUAUGAACGUCGUAUCGAUAUCAGUAGUACGUGUCGAGUCGGCGAAC